AUGCAAUCUAUGACUUGCCAAGAUUGUCCUAGAAAAUUGGAGGUCGAACGCUACAUUAAAGAGCAUAAGAUUGAUGAAAUGCUCCAGAACUUGACGUCUUCUUUGUUCUAUCAAAUGCCAGAAAAUCCAAAACAAUAUUUAAUUGAACAAUUAAAAUUAUUAAAAGCUUCACGAGAUGAAUUCGCAGAACCGCCAACAUUGUUUACUGAAAAUAAUGCCGAGACAAUAUUCAACAUGCUUGAUCCAUGUAAAAAGAAUUCAAUUCCUUCAGAUCGAUAUCAACAUGCUUUGGAAACAUUGGGGGCACUUCACUGUGGUAAGGUGUUAGACAACAAAGAUGAAUUCAUUAGUAAAGAUAUGUAUAUGAAUGUCGUUAAAACAGGUUUGAAACAAAUGGCAUCAACUUAUAAACCAAUUGGAUAA